AUGUUUCUUAUUUAUAAUUUAAGGAUUUUCCUGGCUAGUAUUUUUAAUAUUCGUUUAAUAGGUUUUUGUAGCAUUUAUUUUAGAAUUAUACAGCUCAGUAUUUAUAAUAAAAAAAGGAAUUAUUAAAAAAUGAAAACAAUUUGCAAAAUAUUUCCAGUAUUGCUCAGAAAUGCUAACAUUUAAAAAAAUCGAGAGUUUUUAAAAUCUAAGAUAUUGAAAUUAAGUUUUCGGUAGGAAAAUAAAGUGUUUAUGCUUUAAAUAAAAUCGAUUUCAGGACUGAUUAGGUUAAUAUUAAUACUUAAAAGGCUGAUGAAAAAUUUUAUAAGGAUUAAUAUGCGUUUUUUAAAAAUUCCUUUAAGAAUUUGA